UCGAGUAAAAACACGGUCCCCCAUGUGCAGAGUCUAGACCUGGUCCGUGUUUAGAUCGUGAAUCCGAUGGACGGAGACUAUAUCGAGCUGCCGGGUCCUGUGAACCCGGGUCCGGCCUCUAAGAGACCCCGGAGCCGCAGGUCGGACCAGGACCAGGAGGACCGGAAACAGCAGAACCUGAAGAGGCUGAAGACCCUGGGCCAGGAGGACCACUCGGUCCGGAUCCUCGAGGACCUGGUGUUCGGACCCGAGGACCAGCUGCUGGACCGACUGAGACAGGACGACGAUGACGACGACGAUGCCGAGCGCCACGCCGACGCCCUAUUGGUCGACGAAGACGAGGACUCCGACCAAUCAGACGCCGAGGACGAGUCCCGGCCGCAGCCAAUCAGGAGAGCCGCCUGGGUGGACGAGGACGACGAGCUGGAGGAGGAGGUGGACAUGACGCACCGUUACCGUAGAGACCUGAUGAAAGGGGAGGCGGAGUCAAGGAUCAGCAAACACACACUGCAGGAGAGGAUGAAGGAACAGUUUCAGAAGGCGAUGGGCGGGGCUCCUAAAUGGGCCGAGAUCAAAGAGAAGAAAAGAAAAGAUGAAGACGACGAUGAAGACGAGGACCUGCUGAGGAGGACGGGGAACCUGGUGUCGUCUUCAGACAGUCUGCCCAGCGGAGUCCUGAGGAUGAAGAAGUGCGUCCACGCCAACAGUGCCCGCCCGUCAGAGGACAGGCUGACCUCGGUCCAGUUCCACCCCACAUCCCAGGUGGUCUUGACGGCCGGACUGGACCAGUCCAUCUGCCUCUUCCAGGUGGACGGGAAGACCAACCCAAAGAUCCAGAGCAUCCACCUGGAGCGCUUCCCCGUCCACAGGGCGGAGUUCAGCCCCGACGGACGCAGCGUGAUCGCCACCAGUCUGAAGAACAAGAUGUUCUACGUGUACGACAUGAUGGAGGGACGAGUGUCCCCUGUGCACUCCGUCAGAGGUCUGAAUGAGUCCAGAGUGAAGGAGUUCUGUGUGUGUCCUGAAGGAGGCGCUCUGCUGCUGUCGGGCUCCAGAGGAUACCUGCACCUGCUGACGCUCAAGACUAAGGAGGUCGUUCGCAGCAUGAAGAUCAACGGAAACAUCUGCGGCGUCGCCUUUUCUCACGACGGGGGUAAAGUCUUCGCUGGAUCAGAUGAGGGCGAGGUGUUCAUUUGGGAUGUCGGCAGCGCUCGUUGCGUCCACAGGUUUUCUGACGACGGCUGCGUGAAGGCGACAUCCAUCGCUGCGUCGCCAAAUGGGCAGUACCUGGCUUGCGGCUCUCACUCAGGCGUGGUCAACGUCUACUCCCAGGAGGCGUGUCUAAAAUCAGCCAAUCCCAGGCCUCUGAAGGCGGUGAUGAACCUGGUGACCCCGGCCACCUCUCUGACCUUUAACCCCUCAUCAGAAAUCCUGGCCAUGGCGUCGCGGGUCGAGGACGAGGCGGUCAAACUGCUCCACCUCCCCAGCCUGUCCGUCUUCUCCAACUUCCCGGUGUCCAGUAGAAAAACGUGUUUCAGAACCAACUGCCUCAGCUUCUCCCCUCACAGCGGCUUCUUCUCAUUGGCCAACAACAAAGGCCACGCCCCCCUCUGGAGGUUAUUGCAUUACAAAGACUUCUGAACCGGAACCAGGUCCACCUGAGCUCAGUGGAACCACCCCAGACCCACCGCAGACCCACCACAGAACCACCGCAGACCCACCGCAGAACCACCACAGAACCACCACAGAACCACCCCAGACCCACCGCAGAACCACCCCAGACCCACCGCAGACCCACCACAGAACCACCGCAGAACCACCCCAGACCCACCGCAGAACCACCCCAGAACCACCUGGACCUGCUCAUGUUUUUCUCAGAUCUAAAAGAACUGCUGUUUUUGUUCCUGAAGUCAGUGGUUCUGGUGGAACCCGGAGCAGAACCGUCUGUGGGUUUCAGUCCAUAUUUAUCUCCAGACUCGUUCAGAUGUUCAGAACCGUGUUGAACUUCCUGUUUCUGAUCCAAACGUUCUUGUCUGUAAUUUUCAGAUCAUUAUCAAAUCAGAUUAAAGUCAGUUUUGUUUUUGAA